AGCCGGCGUGCAGAGCGCUUUGUAUUUUUUUUAUUGUUAAUAAAAUUUAAGUUAGAUUUUCGUAUACAAUUCAUACUGCUAGCUCUAGAAAUUUAACGAAAAUGGAUUUACAAGACUUGCUUCAGCAGGCUCAACGCCUUAAUAAUAGAACAAAAAUGGAUGCUGAAUUACCGCGCGUAGAGCGAACAAUUUCACAAGUUUUGCAAGCCACCCAAGAGCUCCAUUCCCGCGUCACGCAAACUGGAACAAAUGAUUUGCAAGCUCACACUCUGCUUGGCUCGAAGGGUGUGGAUUUGCCUAAAUUGACACAGAAAUUGGAAUCGCUGAGUGCUCGAAAAUCAUUUGAGCCAUUGGAUCCUGUGACAGACGCCGAUGUCAAGGGCUAUUUGAAGAAUGAACGUGAAAAUGCCAUUCUCUCUGUUAUAGAUGAGACCAAUCGCGGUAUUUUUGACUCUGUGGAGCGAUCGAAAUGGCGCUGCAUUUAUGCCGAAUGGGGUAGGGAGAAGGAACGUUUACUGAACUCAUUGGUGGGGCCAAAACAGGAAGAUUUCCCAGAUGUUUUGCGGCAAACAGUAUCCAGUGUAUUACACGAAAAUCCGACACCAAAAUCCCGUCUAACUAAUAUUGAAUUACUAUAUGCCAAGCAGAUCAACAAGUAUAAUCAUACACAUAUGUCGGGCGUUGGUGGACAUCGUCCCAAUUUGAUAACGAAAUUCACGAAAUUGGCCAGAAAGAAAUUUCCCGAUGAAUUGGUCCAUGAAAUGUGGAGCGUUCUGGAAUAUAUGGCCGGCGUGGCACCAUUGACACGAAAUGUGGAUCCUAUUAAGAAUCGUCAGACAACUCCACAAUUUGUCCAGCAGGCACGCACAUAUCUGGAACGACGCUAUCGCCAAUAUAUGAAUACGGUGAUCAAACAGAAUCUUUCCAUUGCAGAGAGGGGAGGCAUACCCAAUAUAUAUAAUAUGGUCAGUUCAUUUGUGGGCGUUACAUUCCAACUGCCGCAGACAUUGAUCGGUCUACUCGAUGUUGACAAUGCCCGACCAUUGUGGCCUCUGGUCUAUUAUAGCCUACGAAGUGGUGAUUUGUCUGCAGCCGUACAAUUCCUGAAAGAGGCGGGCAUGUGCCCCGAGCUCUUGAAAUAUAUGAUUCUACUCGAACGGGGCGAUGAGGCAGAAAAAUCGAACAGCAAGCUUGUGGGACAAUUAAAAUUGGAAUACAAUAACAAAUUGCGUCUCUGCUCGGAUCCUUUUAAGAAGGCCGUCUAUGCCAUUAUCCUGGCCUGUGAUCCCCAUGAUUCGCAUGCCGAAAUAAUGCAUAGCAUCGAUGAUUUCCUCUGGAUGCAGUUAUCCAUAUUGCGAACAGACGAUCGUCGCGACUAUAAUAUCGAACAAUUGACAUACAGUGGCCUACAAUCCAUGAUAUUAGAUAAAUAUGGCGAAAACUAUUUCAAUGCACGCGAAAAGGCGGAAUUAUAUUUCCAGGUUUUGGCCCUAACCGGGCAAUUCGAAUCGGCCAUUGAGUUUUUGGCUCGCACCGAAACAAAUCGUCCCCAUGCCGUUCACAUGGCCAUUGCCCUGCAUGAGCUCUGUCUGCUGGGUGUUCCCAAUUCGGGAGUGCAGCAGCCAUUGUUAUGUGUUGAGCCAGAGGAUCCUAAGCCGAUGAAGCGUCUCAAUUUGGCCCGCCUCAUCAUUAUGUAUGCCAAAUGUUUCGAACAAACCGAUCCUAACGAAGCCAUACAAUAUUAUUAUCUAUUGCGACACUUUAAAUCAAGCGAUGGCAGGAAUUUGAUGUUGACAUGCAUGUGUGACCUCCUGAUCGAGAAUUGUGAUGAAGAUAUGCUGCAGUUGGUCUUUGGGGUACCGGAUGAGAAUGAUUCAUCGCAUUAUUCAGGCGGCGUUUUUUCACAAUUCCCCACAAUGGAUUUUGAUAAAUGCUUUUUGGCUGGCAUGGUGGGCGAUGAAUUGGCAAAUCGCAGUAAUUUCGAAACGGCAAUUAAACUCUAUUUCAUUGCCGGCCAUUUGGAUAAGACUUUGCGUUUAAUCUCAUCAUUGCUUGCCCAGGUUGUUCAUCAGAAGACGCGCGAGGGAAGCCUGCGGCAGCGUCUCUUUGAAAUUAUUGAGCGCAUGAAUAACGCUCUGGGUGUCCGUAAAAUGGAUGUUGAUGCUCAAUCGGUGGUAACAUAUCAAUUGCUAACACAAUUGCUUCAAUUCUUUGACUAUUAUCAUGAGGAUGAGCCACGUUUGGCAUUGGAAAUUCUGGUCAAUAAUCGACUGACACCCAUUUCCUCUUCCGAUGUCGAUGAGUGUGUCAAGAAUUUGAAGCGUAUGGGCCCGGAAGUUAUCAAAGUUCUACCUGAUGUUCUAUUGGCCGCCAUGAAUAUCAUCUACUCCGAGUAUCAAUCACUGAGAUCUGGCUCCACAUCGUCCAAUAAUAAUACCACCUUGACCAUCAUAGAUGACAGUGGUCUGGGCAAAGAGGCUGCCCUAUGCCAUUUGCGUGAUCGGGCCAAAGCCUUGACGAAUAUGGCGGCUACCGUGCCAUAUCGUAUGCCAGCCGAUACCAACAAACGUCUUGUACAAAUUGAAAUUCUUAUGCAUUAGAAAAAGAUAGCGAGAGAACGACAGAGUCAGAGAGAAACAAUUUUUGUGUCUUUAUCAUUGUAUAAAUGCAAUUUCCUUUCUGUUUUUUAUUAAAGAUAAUUAAUUAAUUAA